AGAAGGGUAAGACCACAAGGUUGUCCUAGUCGUAGUCGGCCAGUAAAAUAAAAUGCGGUGACCACAGUGAAAAUGUGAUUAUUAGAAGGAAAAAUAUAAGAAAACAGCCGAAAAAUAAGAAUGAUAAUGCUUGCGCCACAUCGCUUUAAGCUAACUUUAAGAUGUACGAGUUUUUUUUCACCUGCAGAAAUCCUAAAAAGGAGUGUAUGUUUGACAGUGCCUUGUCUCAAGGCAGCUCGCAGCAAGCCCAAUCUGUCAAGCGAGGCUGUACCAGCGAUAUGCAGUCCGACGAGUUUUGUUUCCUCUCCAAAAAUGGAAACGGUCAAUGCUUCUGUGACCUCGUUGCCACAGCAGUAUUUGAUGCUGUCGAAGAUACGACUGACUUCUUUGGUCAUCAUGACUAGCAUGGGUGGUUAUGCGAUGGCACCAGGGGUGUUUGACCCAUUGACCAUUGUCGUAUGCUCUUUUGGGACCGGGCUGCUCUCCUGUGCAGCCAAUGCUUUAAAUCAGUUUCAUGAAGUGCCCUUUGAUGCGCAGAUGGCACGCACGAGAAAUCGCCUCUUAGUCAAAGGUGUCAUAACACCUUUACAUGCUGCUGUUUUUGCAUCUGUUUGUACCACAACUGGGGGUCUUCUUUUAUAUUUUGGUGCCAGCCCUCUAACAGCUGCCUUAGGAUUUGCUAAUGUUGUUCUAUACUCAGGUAUAUACACACCACUCAAGAGGGUGAGCAUUUUGAACACAUGGGUCGGCUCAGUUGUUGGUGCGCUACCACCAUUGAUGGGCUGGUCGGCAUGCACUGGCAGUCUGGAAGGAGGUGCUUGGAUCCUUGCAGGUAUCCUCUACGCCUGGCAGUUUCCCCAUUUUAACGCGCUUUCAUGGAAUUUAAGACCAGAUUACUCCAGAGCUGGGUAUAGAAUGAUGGCCGUAACAAAUCCAGGUCUAUGCCGGAGGACAACUCUGCGGUACACAGGUGUGAUUUUAGGACUGUCAUGCCUCGCUCCAUCAGUCGGCUUGACAAAUGACUGGUUUGUCCUCGAGUCAUUGCCUCUCAACUCAUACUUCUUAUAUCUAGCUUGGAAGUUCUACAAAGAGUCGGACAGUUCCAAUUCUCGCAAAUUGUUCAGGUUUUCCCUUAUCCACCUGCCAGCAUUGAUGCUUCUAAUGCUUAUAAAUAAAAAGUCGACUAACAGGAAGACUGAGGAUCCACCUGGCAUAGAAAACCCUCCCAGUUUAUGAUCCUUUUAAAUUUAAUUGUAUGAUAGUUGAAAAAUAGGAAAAAGCAGGAUUUGUGUGGCUUUACUGCUCUGUACUUAUUUGUCUAGUCAAUUUAAAAAAAAUA